AUGUUCCCGAAGUCUGAUGCAAUUGCCUUCGCAUCAUGCUUGCCUGGGAAUGACUCGGAUGAGUUCAACCUACACCUGAGUGAUCUUUCUUGGUUUCCAUCUGCUUCAACGAAGCCACCGCCAUAUCUUCACACAUGCCUUGCCCUGUGGGAUGAAAUCACAACCAAUGGCUUUGUCACCAAAGGUGACUGUGCUCAAUCCAAUGAUUCAGGUGACCCGUUGCUGCUGUGGGAUGGCCCUGCUCAUGCAGAUGGGCGGGAUCAUGCUUGGGUCUACUAUGUGAAGGGAGCAGCGCGAGGAAUGAUUGCUCUUUUCACUGCAUUUAUAUGCAUCAAGAACAGUUUGAAGCUGAACAUCAUGCAUCCAGUGCUCUAUGACAGCUUGCGCUUCAUUUGUUGCAGGCGUGGUUCAAUGUCAAAUGACCUGACGAGGGUGGCAUUUACAAAUGCCAAGCUAAGUGCUCGAGGAUCGAUUCGAAGGUCCCAUGAUGUUGCAACUUGGUUAUCCAAGAUGAGCAUGCUAUGUGAACGUGGCUUAAAAGCAGACAGUGCGAUCAAGUCAUGGAACUCAGAGGCGACCCGUGAAUCUCAGUUGGUGGGUCAGAAACGUGUUGCUCUCUUGGCGCUUCUCAAUGCUCCAAAUGGGACAAAGGAACUUCUUCUCCAGCAUGCCUCUUUCUUUGGAAGUAGUUCAGCAUAUUCUGAAGAGUGCUUCUCCGCCAAGAACCUUUUCCCAGGGUCUCAGCCUCGAAGUGUGCUGGACAAAGCUUGGCGCGCCCGCCUCACUGUCACAGAUCCAGGCUUCUUGCUUUUCUUGCAGUACACAGAUGCUUGCCACCAUCAAAAAGUACCUGAAGUCCGAGGAAAACUGAGCAAGGAGAGGAUUUUGGAGCUCAGUCAACUUGCACAGUUGGUGACCUCAAUGGAACAGGAGUUGAAGGAUGGUGGCGUUGUGACUACCAAGAUCUCUGAGGCUUUGCUGGCUUGUGAUGGCAACCUGGAGUUAGAACUCCAAGUAGCAUUGAGCAAGAAGAGUUCCAAAUGGAAAAUUGCAGAUGUGACGCUUGUGCAGGAAGUUCUGAAGAAUCAUUCAUUCCGCAGCAGCUGA